AUGAUGAUAGUCAACACUGCAGACGGAGAUUCACGUUGGAUUACGGACGGUGGGGGGGAGUGGCGGGAGGGGGGGGUUGGGGGGGGGGGGAGGGUGGGUGAAGGUGGCGGGGGGGGGGAGGGGGGGUUGGGGGUGAGGGUGGGGGGAAGGGGGGCGGGGGUCGGGGGUGGGGGUGUGUUUAGGAGGGCUUUGGGGGGGGGGGGUCGGGGCGGGGGGAGGAGGGGGGGGGGUAGGGGGGGAGGGGGGGGGGGGGAGGGGGUGGGUGGGGGGGUGGGGUUGGGCGGGGGGGGGGAGGGGGUGGAGGGGGGGGCGGGGGGGGUGGGCGGCGUUGUGGGCUGGGGGGGGGGGGGGGGGGGGGAGGGGGUGGCUGGGGGGGGGCGGGUGGGGGAGGAGGCGCGGGGGGGUGAGUGGGGGGAGCGGCUGAGGAGGUGGGGGGGGGUGGUGGGCGGGGGUUGGGGGGGGGGGGGGGGGUGGGGGGGGGGGUGGGGGGCGGGGGGGGGGGGAGGGGAUGGUGGGGAGGGGGGGAGGGUGCGGGGGGGGGGGGGGAGGGAUUGGAGGUGGGGUGGGGGGGGGGAGCUAGGUGGGGGCCGGGUUGUGGGGAGGGGGGGCGGGCGGGAUGCUGUGGGGAUGGAGGAUGGGGGGGGAGGGUGGGUUGUGUGGUGGAGGGAUGGGGGGGGUUGGCGGGGAGGGGGGGGGGGGCGAGGGGGGGACGUGGUGGGGGCUGGGGUGGGGGACGGGGGUGGUGGGGGGAGUGGGUGGGGGGAGGGGGGGGGGGGGGGGAGGGGGCCUGUUGAGGCGGUGGGGUGUUUGGGGGGAAGCAGUGGAGGGGGGGGGUGGGGGGGUGGGGGGGGGGGCCGGGGGGGGGGUCGGGGGGGGUGGGGGGGGGGGGGUGGGUGUGAGUGGGGCGGGUGGGGGGACGGUGGUGCGGGGAGAGGGGGGGGGGGGAGGUGGGGUGGGGUUGGUGGGCGGGGGUUGGGGCGGGGGGGGGAGGGGGCGACGAGCGCGGAGGGGGGGGAGGUGGGGGGGGGGGGGGGGGGGGGGGUUGUGAGUGGGGGGGGUGAGUGGGGGGGGGAGGGAUGGGGGGGUUGGGGGGGGUUGGGGGGCUGGGGUUGGGGACGGGGGGGGAGGUGGGGGGGGGGUGAACGGGGGGGAGGUUGGACGGGGGGUGGGGGUGGGGGGGGUUCGGGCGAGGGGGGGGGGGAAGGGGGGGAGUGGCCUGGGGGGGGGGUGGGGGUGGGGGGGUGGGGGGGGGGGGUGGUCUACGGGGGGGGGGGGGUAGGGGGGGCGGUGGAGGGGGGGUGGGGUGGGGGGGGGAGGGGGGGGGGGGGGGGAGAGGCGGUGGGGGGGGGGGGGGGGUGGGGGGGGGGGUUGGGGGGUGAGGGGGGUGUGGGGAGGGUGGGGGGGGGGGGGGGUGGGGUGGGGGGGGUGGGGGGAGGGGGGGGGGAGGGGAGAGGGUGGAUGGGGGGGGGGCGGGCGGGGGGGGGGGGGGGGGAUGGGGUAGUGGGGGGGUUGGAGGCGGGUGGGGAGGGAGUACGGGGGGGGUGGGGGGAGGGGGGAAGGUUGGGGGAGGGGGGGGGGAGGGGGGGGGAGGAGGGUGGGCGGGGGGGGGGACGGGUGGUGGGGAGGGGGGGGCGGUCGGGAGGUUGGGCCGGGAAGGAGGCGGGGGGGGCACAGGGGUGGGGUGGGGGGCUGCGGGGGUGGGCGUGGGAGGUUCGGGGGGGGGUGUGGGUGGUGGGGGGGGGGGGUGGGGGCGGUGGGGGUUGGGGUCUGUGGGUGGGGUGGGGUGGUUGGGUUGGGGUGGGGGGGAGGAGGCGGAGGGGGGGGGGGGGAGGGGGGGGGGGGGGGCGGUGGGGGGGGGGAGUGGCGGGCGGGGGGGUGGGGCGGGGGGGGGGUUCGGCGGGGGAGGGUAUGGGUGGUGAGGUGGGGGGCGGGGGAGAUGAUGGGGGCCGGGCGGGGUGGGGGGGUGGGGAUGGGGGGGCUGGGGGGGAUGGGGGUGCGGGGUGGGGGGGGGGGGGGGGGGGGGGGGGGGGGGGGUGGGGGGGAGGGGGGGAGUGGGGUGGGUCGGGGCGGGGUGGUGGGGGGGUGGUGAGGGGGGGGUGGGUGGAUGUGGGGGGGGGGGGGGUGUGGGUGGGUGGGGAGGGGGGGCGGGGGGGGGGUGGGGGGGGGGGGCGGAGGGGGUGUUGGGGGGGGUGGUGGGAGGCCGGGCUGUGGAAUCAAAGGGAGUUUAAGACCCUGCAGACAGGAGCUUUCAUCUCCACGACGACCAGAGAGAGAAACCGACACAUGCUGGAGAUUCUGCCAUCACGCUCACCUGAAGGCACUCUUUUCAUGUUUGAGGAGGAUCUACACACCAGAAAAGUGAAAGGAGCCGUCUGUUUUACACGUGUGGAGCACAGGGACGGGUCUUAG